GAUGAGUAAGGAGGUACUUGAACCAUGGCUCCUACAAAGCAGACUGCCCGCAAAUCGACUGGUGGCAAAGCACCCAGAAAACAACUGGCUACAAAAGCCGGUCACAAGAGUGUGCCCUCUACUGGAGUGGUGAAGAAACCGUACCGUUACAGGUCUGGUACUAUGGCGCUCCGUGAAAUUAGACUUUAUCAGAAGUCCACUGAGCUUCUGAUUUGCAAACUCCCCUUCCAACGUCUGGUGCGAGAAAUUGCUCAGGAUUUCAAAACAGAUCUGCGCUUCCAGAGUGCAGCUGUUGGUGCUUUGCAGGAGGCAAGUGAGGCCUAUCUGGUUGGCCUGUUUCAAGACACCAACCUGUGUGCUAUCCAUGCCAAACGUGUUACAAUUAUGCCAAAAGACAUCCAGCUAGCACGCUGCAUACGUGGAGGACGUGCUUAAGAAUCCACUAUGAGGAGAAACAUUUCAUUCUCAAAACAAUUUUUUUUUUCUCUUCUUACCUGUUAUAUUGGUAGCUCUGAACGUUUAGGGGUUUUCUUUGUUUUGUUUUGUU